GAGCCGGAAGCGCAGCGAGGAGCGGGUAAGAGCUGGGCCAGUUGAGAGUCAUGCAGGAAAACCUCAGAUUUGCUUCAUCAGGAGAUGAUAUUAAAAUAUGGGAUGCUUCAUUUCUGACCCUGGUGGAUAAAUUCAACCCCCACACGUCACCACAUGGAAUCAGUUCAAUAUGUUGGAGCAGCAAUAAUAACUUUCUAGUGACAGCAUCUUCCAGUGGUGACAAAAUAGUGGUGUCAAGUUGCAAAUGUAAACCCGUCCCACUUUUGGAGCUUGCUGAAGGGCAAAAGCAGACAUGUGUCGACUUAAAUUCUACAUCGAUGUAUUUGGCAAGUGGAGGCCUAAACAAUACUGUUAAUAUUUGGGAUUUAAAGUCAAAACGAGUUCAUCGCUCUCUUAAGGAUCAUAAACGUGAAGUAACUUGUGUGGCAUACAAUUGGAAUGACUGCUACAUUGCUUCUGGGUCUCUCAGUGGGGAGAUUAUCUUACACAGUGUAACCACUAAUACAUCCAGUACACCUUUUGGCCAUGGAAGUAAGCAGCCUGUCCGGCACGUGAAGUACUCCUUGUUUAGGAAGUCUCUCCUGGGCAGCGUUUCAGAUAACGGAGUAGUGACUCUCUGGGAUGUGAACAGUCAGAGUUCAUACCAUAGCUUUGACAGUACACACAAAGCUCCAGCCUCAGGCAUCUGCUUCUCUCCUGUCAAUGAAUUACUGUUUGUGACCAUAGGCCUGGACAAAAGAAUCAUCCUUUAUGACACUUCAAGUAAGAAGCUAGUGAAAACUUUAGUGGCCGACGCUCCUCUCACUGCAGUGGAUUUUAUGCCGGAUGGAGCCACUCUGGCUAUUGGGUCUUCCCGUGGGAAAAUAUAUCAGUAUGACUUAAGGAUGCUGAAAUCACCCGUGAAAACCAUCAAUGCCCACAAGACAUCUGUGCAAUGUAUAGCAUUUCAGUACUCCACAUCUCUGACGAAGGCGAGUUUAAAUAAAGGCUGCUCAAAUAAGACCCCAGCAGUGAACAAGCGGAGCAGCAGCACUGCUGCUGCCCAGAGUUCUGGAGCUGUCAGAGAAGCACCCGCCCCUUCCAUUGCCACAGUGCUCCCACAGCCCGUGACGACAGCUGUGGGCAAAGGAGCAGUGGCUGCUCAGGACGAAGCAGGCUUGCUUCGAAGCAAAAAUACUGAUUCUUUAUCCAAGGAAACAGAUGGUGGAAAAAGUCAAGAGUUCUCCAGCUUUGAUGAUACUGGGAAAAGUAGUUUAGGUGACAUGUUCUCACCUAUUAGAGAUGAUGCUGUAGUUAACAAGGGAGGUGAUGAACCUGUAGGGAAAGGAGAUGGCCUUGACUUUCUACCACAGCUGAGUUCACUGUUGCCCCUCAGAAAAAAUCCAGUCACUUCCAGCACUUUGGUUUUGCACUCCAGUCCUCUUAAUGUCUUUAUGGGGUCUCCAGGGAAAGAAGAAAAUGAAAGUCAUGACCUGACAGCUGAGACUAAGAAAUCAUACCUGGGAAAGCAGGAACCUAAUGACUCCUUAAAGCAGUUUCCAAAGUUGAUCUCUGGUGCUGAACCUGGAAUUCUAAAUACCUGUCCAUCAUCUAACCAAACAAGAAAUCUUGAAAAACUUGAAAAGCCAGAGAAAGAAAUUGAAGCCCACUUGAUACAUGAACCAUCAGUCAAUGGAGCCUCAACUCCAAUUUCAGUGCCAAAGGUAGCAUCCUCCGUCACUGCUGGGGUAGCCAGUUCCCUCUCAGAAAAAAUAGUUGACACCCUCGGAAACAGCCGGCCGAAUGCCCCGCUCACCUCUGUUCAGAUCCGCUUCAUUCAGAACAUGAUACAGGAAACACUGGAUGACUUCAGGGAAGCUUGUCAUAGGGACAUUGUGAACUUGCAAGUAGAGAUGAUUAAACAAUUUCAUAUGCAACUGAAUGAGAUGCACUCCUUGCUGGAAAGAUACUCCGUGAAUGAAGGCUUAGUGGCCGAAAUCGAAAGGCUGCGAGAAGAAAACAAAAGACUCCGGGCUCACUUCUGAAGACCCAGAGUGCCUUAAUUUUUUCAUCAUUCGAGAAGUCUCUGGCAACUAACAAUAACACAGAAUCAGUAUUGUUUUCAUGGCCUUGAGCAUGGAUUUUGCAGCAUGCACUAUUCCAUCUCUGUCAGACAUGUUUAUAUUUUUAUAUUAAAACCGCACGGAUACCAUCUCCCUAGUGGGGAAGUCAACAGGAACUUUAUUUUCUGUCUGCCUUAGCUAUACACUAAGUGCCCUUUGCCUAAGAGAAUAAAAUGUGCAUCUAAGGAUAGGUUUAUGUUUUGUAAAUGACUUUUUUAAACAGAUAUAUUUUUGAUGGACAAAUUGUAUUCUAAAUUUUUUUAGGUAGCCGAUGUUUAAGACCUUGGCAUACCUUCUAUUUUAUGAAGAAAUAAUUUUAAAGUGGCAAUUAGAUUUUUUUCAUGCUACUUAGUAAUUAUUUGUUAACGUGAUGACAUCAGGUAUGACUUAUUUAUUGUUUGUAUGUGUGCUACAUUUUGAAGCUUUGAGUUGUACAGAUACAUGGUACCUUUGCUCAGGUUACCUAACUUUACAUGUGAAAAACUUUCAAGGGUUAGAAAAAUCAAGGGCUAUACAUAUGCGAUUGUCUAAUGAAUUGAUACGCUAAAUCAAACUGCAAGGUUUUAAUCACCAUGGCUCAGCUUAUGAUCAAUGAGACUCUCUUAAAAGACACUAAAUGUUACAAUAUUGUUGCCAUUUUUCCUCACAAGUGAAAGGCAUAGAUUAUUUCCUCUGUGUUUGUACCGUUAACGUUAACUCUUUCUAGUUAGAGUGUGCUGCGGAUCUCAUUUUCUAUCUUUAGCCUUACCACAGAAUUAUUCAUGUAGGUGUAUCAUGCAAAGCGUUUACACACUGGCAGUAUGGGCAUGCUCACCUGCCUGCUGUGCUCCACACGUUGAUAGGGUUGGAUUAAGGGGGCUACUCGCCCAUUUCUGUUGCCUCUUGCCCAAAGAUUUCAACUGUGUACUUGUAUAUAGGUCUGUUGCCCAAUUUUGCUUUCCAGGAUCAAAAUACUUAACUAAAAUAUAGCUUAGUUUGCUAACUGUGGGUUUCUAAAGUGAUGAAAGGCAUAAGGAUGUAUUUAAUAAAUAUAAGCCUAUAAAUAAUUAUCUCCAAAAGUGGAACAGAAGUAAGACUUUUCACAGGUGACUCAGAAAAUCUAUAUCAAGUUGCUGUGGUCUUUUCUUGGCAUAUAUGGUGGAAUUAUGACUUGUAACAAGUUUCCUUAUAUUUACUCAAACAAUGUUAGAAUGCAGAAUUACUUUGUCUGUAUACUAUAUUUUAAUCUAUUAAUAUUUUCCUACUUCCUUUUUCUAUAGGUGUAUAUAUUGUGUAUUAAAAGGGGUCUGAUAAAACAAUUUAGUAAUUUUAUGUGUAUAGGUGAAACACUUGUCAUGGAUUUAAAUGCUGAAUACGAUGAUUAAAUUUUUGUAUUCAAAACA